AAUCUCUCUCUCUCUCUCUCUCCAUUUAUGUAUAUAUUCUUCUUUACCUUCUCUUGGUUUCUGGGUUGAGUGUCUCGAAUUUGUUGAUCUGCUUACGAUCUUUUCGUUGGUGUUUGGUAACUGGUAAGGCGUUAGUGUCGAAGAGGUUCGGGUGAAGAUCGACUGGGAAGAGUAGUGAGGAGGUGGAGCUUAGAAUUCGUUGAUGGGUUGUGAGGAAAUGAAGAGGAGUGGUUGUUAGAGGUCGACCAUUUCGUCUUUCCCUCUUAGGUUUGGUUAGUUUGAGAUGGGCGGGUGUCUCCCCUGUUUCGGAUCGUCUGAUAAGGAGAAAAAUACUGUCAAGGAAAGUGGGAAGAAGGAUUCUGCAAAGGAGGGUUCAACGGCCCCUCAGUCUCACCAUGUGAGCAGAGUCAGUUCUGAUAAAUCAAAAUCUCGGAAUGGUUCUGAUUCUAGGAAGGAAACUCCAGCUGCAAAAGAUGGGCAGGCCACACAUAUUGCUGCACAGACAUUUACAUUUCGAGAGCUUGCUGCUGCCACUAAGAACUUUAGGCAAGAAUGCCUCUUGGGUGAAGGAGGAUUUGGGCGAGUGUACAAGGGUCGUUUGGAGAGCACUGGACAGGUAGUUGCUGUGAAGCAGCUUGACAGGAAUGGCCUUCAAGGAAAUAGAGAAUUCUUGGUGGAAGUUCUCAUGCUCAGCCUCUUACACCAUCCCAACCUUGUCAACUUGAUUGGUUACUGUGCUGAUGGGGAUCAACGCCUCCUUGUUUAUGAGUACAUGCCAUUGGGAUCUUUGGAGGACCACUUACAUGAUCUUCCCCCAGACAAGGAACCUCUGGACUGGAAUACAAGGAUGAAAAUUGCAGCCGGGGCAGCUAAGGGCUUGGAGUACUUGCAUGAUAAAGCAAAUCCACCUGUCAUUUACAGGGACUUUAAGUCAUCAAACAUCCUGCUUGAUGAGGGGUACCACCCAAAGUUGUCAGACUUUGGGCUUGCAAAAUUGGGUCCUGUGGGUGACAAGACUCAUGUCUCCACACGAGUGAUGGGAACAUAUGGCUAUUGUGCUCCUGAGUAUGCUAUGACUGGCCAACUCACUCUGAAGUCUGAUGUCUACAGCUUUGGUGUUGUCUUCCUUGAGCUUAUCACAGGCAGGAAGGCUAUUGACAACACCCGGGCACCCGGAGAGCAUAAUCUUGUUGCAUGGGCAAGACCGCUAUUCAAGGAUCGCAGGAAGUUCCCCAAGAUGGCUGAUCCACUAUUGCAAGGACGUUAUCCCAUGAGAGGACUUUACCAGGCCCUUGCUGUUGCUGCCAUGUGUUUGCAAGAGCAAGCUGCCACAAGGCCUCUCAUAGGAGAUGUUGUGACUGCACUUUCAUACUUGGCUUCCCAAACAUAUGACCCAAAUGCAGCCAUUGCACAGAGCAACAGGAUUGGUUCAUCUGCUACAAGGGACAGAGACGAAAGAAGGAACCUCAGUGGUGGGCCCGAGAGCCAAGAUGAGGUUGGACGUAUCGGCAGACAUGGUUCUCAAUCUCCACACCAGAAUUCACCUGAUUUCAGACAGAGAGACCCUGGCAGAGGAAUGAGCUUCGGUGCAGAUGUUGGCAGGGGGGAAACCAGCGGCGGAUCUGGGCGCAAGUGGGGCUUGGAUGAAUUAGAAAAGCAGGAAUCUCAAAGAGACAGCCCUGGCCAUGCCACUAGAGCAAGAGAAACGCCAAGGAAUUACAACCGUGAUUUUGAUAGAGAACGUGCAGUUGCAGAGGCAAAAGUAUGGGGUGAGAAUUGGAGGGAGAGAAAGCGGGCAAAUGCCAUGGGUAGCUUUGAUGGAACAAACGAGAAACCUUGAGUUACAGUUAAAAGAGUAGAGUUGAAGAGGAAUUGAUUCGGAACAUCGGUAAAUCCGAAGGACAAACAUUCAGUGUGGAAGCUUCACAUGGAAGCCCUUCUAAAGCACAAGGUACUGAAGGAAGAUUGUAGAAGGAGGAGGAUAUCUUAAUCCCUGAUUCUCUGUAUGUACUUUCGGUGUUAGUGGUGGGUAAAUAUUGAAUGGUGGGGGGGAAGAGUGGAUUACAGAUUUGUUUGAUUGUUAUGGCCUUAUGGGUGUCCCAUUUUUCCAUCUCUCUAUCUAUGGAUUUCAGUCCGUCAAUUUUUUGGGGUUAUACGAAAAGUUUGGGCAUCAUUGUUAUUGCCAUAAGUGGGGGAACGGCUUUGAUGUUAGGAAUGUGAAUUUACAUUGCACCUCCGCUUGCACAGUUGCACUGAGAGAUGUCUAGUCUAGGUUGUGUACAGUUUUUUGUAUCGAGAUGAGAUUUUGUUUGUAUGGUCGGUCAUGACAUAAAUAGUGCUUGUCAAUUAUGGGAAGUUCUUGAACUCUUAUGUACCCUUAUCAUAUAUGCCAUUUGUCACUAUGGGACCA